AACAUGUCUGGUCGCGGUAAAGGUAAAGCGAAGGGCACCAAGUCCAAAAGCCGUUCAUCCCGAGCAGGGCUUCAAUUCCCAGUUGGUCGAAUCCACCGUCUUCUCCGCAAAGGCAAUUACGCUGAGCGAGUUGGCGCUGGUGCUCCAGUGUACUUGGCUGCUGUGCUUGAAUAUUUGAGCGCUGAGAUCCUCGAGUUGGCGGGCAACGCUGCUCGCGACAACAAGAAGACGAGAAUUAUUCCUCGUCACCUUCAGCUGGCUGUGCGUAAUGACGAGGAGUUGAACAAACUGCUCGCCGGCGUCACCAUCGCACAGGGAGGUGUUCUUCCCAACAUCCAGGCUGUACUUCUGCCUAAAAAGACCGAGAAGAAACCCAAGGCAUAAAUCAGCCUUUCGCCAUUUAGAAAAAAAACGGCUCUUUUAGGAGCCACCAGAUUAUACAAAAGUCUUGACCAACUAGAUAAGUUCCCAACUUCUUAAAGAAUUUCUAGCUGUUAACAACAUGAGCAGGAGUCACUUCGAUUUUUCUUUUGUGCUAUUUCAUUCUUGGACCGAAAACUUCAGAGGACUUGAAUUGGGGGGAGAGAGAGUUUACAUUCCUAGAAGGAUUCGAACGCUCACUCAGAACAUCCAGGAAAUUUUUGCAUAUGAAUAAAUAAAAAGGGAAUUCAUGGUCGGCAAUUUCAUUGCUUCGAACGAUUUCGGCUCCCAUGCCUGAAAACGGUCACAACAGUUGCGCCAGUUUAGUGUUCCCAAGAAAUACCACAGACAAUUUGGACAUUAAAGAUAGUCUGAUUUUCACUCUAUGGGGGAAGGGGAGCAACUUUUUCUAGGCACUCCGUAUUUAAGAUUUGGG